AUGAUGACGAGGUAUCUUGAUGAGAGAGAAGCAAGAAUCAGAAAUGAUAAUGCCGAUACGGACCCGGAAACCGGUGCAAAUGUCAAAGUCAAACAAGAUGAAGAAAGGCAGCAAGAAAAAGAAGGCAGCACAGGUGCCAAUGUCGAUACGAACCCAGCAGCCAGCACAGGCGUGAAAGCUAACGUGGAUGCCGAUGCCAAUGCGAGUCCCAAUGCUAGCCAAAAGGUGAACGAGGACACAGGGUUGGACGGCAAGAGGAAGUUGAAAGCUCUCAAAAGUUCAAACCCCAUCGCAAAGGCACCAGCCAGCACAGACUCGAAAGUCAACGCAGAUGCCAAUACAGAUGUCGAUGCGAAUCUAACAGCCGAUACAACUCCCAACCCUGCAUCCGAUGCCGACUAA